AUGCUGCCGCCAGACUUGAUCCGUUCCCACCCAUUCUCCAUCCCACUGCCUCUGGUAAGAGAAUGUAAAGAGGUCCUCAAGGGUGGCCUUUUGAUGAAGCAGUACUACCAGUUCAUGCUGCAUGAGGUUUUAGAUGACUUGGAGAAGACUGACUGCAACAUAGACGCCUUUGAUGAGGAUCUCCAUAAAAUGUUGAUGGUAUAUUUUGAUUACAUGAGAAGCUGGAUCCAAAUGCUACAGCAGUUACCUCAGGCAUCCCAUAGUUUAAAAAAUCUGUUGGAAGAAGAAUGGAGUUUCACCAAAGAAAUAACUCAUUACAUACGGGGAGGAGAAGCACAGGCUGGAAAACUCUUCUGUGACAUUGCAGGAAUGUUGCUGAAAUCUACAGGAAGUUUUUUAGAAUUUGGCUUACAGGAGAGCUGUGCUGAAUUUUGGACCAGUGUUGAUGACAGUAGUGCUUCAGAUGAAAUAAGGAGAUCUGUUAUAGAGAUAAGUCGAGCCCUGAAGGAGCUCUUUCAUGAAGCUAGAGAAAGGGCCUCCAAAGCACUUGGAUUUGCUAAAAUGUUAAGGAAGGACCUGGAAAUAGCAGCAGAAUUCAUACUUUCAGCCCCAGUUAGAGACCUUCUGGAUGUUCUGAAAUCAAAACAGUAUGUCAAGAUACAAAUUCCUGGGUUAGAAAACUUGCAAGUAUUUGUUCCAAACACUCUCGCUGAGGAGAAGAGUAUUAUACUGCAGUUACUCAAUGCAGCCGCAGGAAAGGACUGUUCUAAAGAUUCAGAUGAAGUACUAAUUGAUGCCUUUCUGCUGUUGACCAAAAAUCAUGAUUCAGAUGAUGUCUGGGGCACGUGGGAAGAGCAGCCUGUCAAAGUUGUGCCUCAGGUGGAGACGGUUGAUACCCUGAGAAGCAUGCAGGUGUGGAAUAAUCUUUUACUAGUUGUCAUGCAGUCUGCCCAUCUCACAAUUCAGAGCAAAGCUUUCCAGCAGUCCAUUGAAGGACUCAUGACUUUACGCCAGGAGCAGACAUCCAGUCAGCCAGUCAUUGCCAAAGCUUUGCAACAGCUAAAGAAUGAUGCGUUAGAGCUGUGUAACAGGAUAAGUGAUGCUAUUGACCGAGUGGACCACAUGUUCACAUCAGAAUUUGAUGCUGAAGUCGAUGAAUCGGAAUCUGUCACGCUGCAGCAGUACUACCGAGAAGCAAUGAUUCAGGGAUAUAAUUUUGGGUUUGAGUAUCAUAAAGAAGUUGUUUGUUUGAUGUCUGGGGAGUUUAAACAGAAGAUAGGAGACAAAUAUAUAAGCUUUGCCCGGAAAUGGAUGAAUUACGUCCUAACUAAAUGUGAGAGUGGUAGAGGUACAAGACCCAGGUGGGCAACUCAAGGAUUUGAUUUUCUACAGGCCAUUGAACCUGCCUUUAUUUCAGCUUUACCAGAAGAUGACUUCUUGAGCUUACAGGCCUUGAUGAAUGAAUGCAUUGGCCAUGUCAUAGGAAAGCCACACAGCCCUGUCACAGCUAUUCAUCGGAACAGCCCCCGUCCUGUGAAGGUGCCUCGAUGCCAUAGUGACCCUCCUAACCCGCAUCUAAUUAUCCCAACUCCAGAGGGAUUCAGCACUCGGAGUGUGCCUUCGGAUGCACGGAGCCACGGCAGCCCCGCUGCUGCUGCCGCUGCCACUGCUGCCGGCCGCCCCGGCCCCUCUGGCAGCGACUCGGCACCACCCAAGCCCACCAGCAGUGCCCACGAUGCCAGGGGUUCCAGCGUCCCUGAAAAUGAUCGAUUGGCUUCCAUAGCUACCGAAUUGCAGUUUAGGUCCCUGAGUCGUCACUCAAGUCCUACGGAAGAGCGAGACGAACCAGCAUAUCCAAAAGGUGAUUCAAGUGGAUCAACACGAAGAAGUUGGGAGCUUCGGACGCUUAUCAGCCAGACUAAGGACACGGCAUGCAAACAAGGACCCAUAGAAGCUGUUCAGAAGUCAGUUCGAUUGUUUGAAGAAAAGAGAUAUCGAGAAAUGAGGAGAAAGAAUAUCAUAGGUCAAGUUUGUGACACCCCUAAAUCCUAUGAUAACGUUAUGCAUGUUGGCUUGAGGAAGGUGACCUUCAAAUGGCAGCGAGGAAACAAAAUUGGGGAAGGGCAGUAUGGGAAGGUCUAUACUUGUAUCAGUGUCGACACUGGUGAAUUAAUGGCUAUGAAGGAGAUUCGAUUUCAGCCUAAUGACCAUAAAACCAUCAAGGAAACUGCAGACGAAUUGAAAAUAUUUGAAGGCAUCAGACACCCCAAUCUGGUUCGGUAUUUUGGUGUGGAGCUUCAUAGAGAAGAAAUGUAUAUCUUCAUGGAGUACUGUGAUGAGGGCACGCUGGAAGAGGUGUCGAGGCUGGGACUUCAGGAGCAUGUUAUUAGGCUGUAUUCCAAGCAGAUCGCCAUCGCCAUCAAUGUUCUGCACGAGCAUGGCAUAGUGCAUCGGGACAUUAAAGGUGCCAAUAUCUUCCUUACCUCAUCUGGACUGAUCAAACUGGGAGAUUUUGGAUGCUCAGUAAAACUUAAGAACAAUGCACAAAGGCGGGAGGCCUUGGCAUGA